AGAGAGGUCGGACGACAAAGAACGGUUGUCUCGUUUGGUCGUGAAAAUGCCAACAUAUCUGUUUGGAAUAGUUCUUCCCUGAUCGUGAAAUCGCAGUUUCUGUGACAUAUCGUUCAGACUUGCCUACAUGCUCCGUCUCGACGCGUGGAACGAUGCAUUUACCGAGCGGAACGGGCUCCGUGUGGAUGUUUCUCUUGUUCGUGCUGCUGGAUCGUCAGUGGGAAGCGGUGUCUGGGCAGCUCUCUUACUCCGUCUCAGAGGAGGUAAACCUGGGGACUGUUGUCGGGAACAUCGCUAAAGAUCUGAACAUCAAUGUCCAGGAUUUGGAGUCGCGCAUGUUUCAGAUCGUCUCUGGAUCAAAGAGAAAAUAUUUGGAGGUAAAUCUGAAGACUGGUGUUCUCUACGUCAACGAGAGAAUAGAUCGAGAGGAACUCUGCGGCGACGAGUCUCAAUGUUCACUGAGUGUGGAGGCAGUUAUUAAUAACCCGUUAAAACUGUACCGGAUUGAAAUUAAUAUCUUAGAUGUUAAUGAUAAUUCGCCGUCGUUUCUCAGCAAAUCACAGAUAAUCAACAUUACUGAGAGCACAGCGGCAGGGGCUAGAUUUCCACUUCAUCCCUCUCACGACGCAGACGUCGGUAAAAAUACUGUAAAUUCCUACAAGCUUAGUCACAAUGAAUAUUUCUCUCUCGUCGAUUCACAGAAAGGAGAGAGUGUUUCUCCCGAAUUGGUGCUUCAGAAAGUGUUAGACCGAGAAAAACAGUCUGUGGUUCGGCUCACACUGACGGCUGUCGAUGGAGGAAGUCCUGCUAAAUCAGGCAGCAUCAUUAUCAUAGUGAAUGUGUUGGACAGUAACGAUAACGCUCCUGUAUUCAGUCAAACACUGUAUAAAACCAGUGUUUAUGAGAACGUGAAGAUUGGAACAUCGAUAAUAACAUUGAAUGCUACAGAUUUAGAUGCAGGUCUAAACGGACAAGUGUCCUAUUCAUUCAGUGAUGUUGGUCGAGGGAAACAAACUGAUCUGUUUGCUAUAGAUGAAAAAACAGGGGCUGUGACAAAUAAGAAAAAUAUUGACUUUGAAGAAAAUAAUGCUUUUGAGAUUCGAGUCCAAGCCAGUGAUGGAGCCUCUUCUCCUCUCACUUCACAUGCAAAGUUAUUGAUUGAAGUUUUAGACGUUAACGACCACGCCCCUGAAAUUUCUGUCACAUCGCUGUUAAACACUGUGAAAGAGGACACGUCCAUUGGCACAGCGAUUGCACUUGUUUCAGUACUUGAUAAAGACGGAGGUAAAAACGGGAUGGUGACCUGUAAAAUUUCCAAUAACGUCCCUUUCAAAUUAGAUUCAAACUAUAAGAAUUACUAUUCGCUGGUGGUGGACGGUCCUCUUGACAGAGAGAGCGCAUCCGAAUAUAACAUCAGCAUCACUGCUACUGACGAGGGGAGCCCACCUCUCUCCAGUACAAGUGUUAUUACUGUACACGUGUCAGAUGUGAAUGAUAACAAACCUCUAUUCACAGAAACUACCAUCAAUGUCUAUGUGAAAGAAAACAGUCCAGUAGGUGCAGUUAUAAAAACUGUGUCUGCAUUUGAUGCAGACAUCGAUCAAAAUAGUCAGGUGAGAUUUUCAUUUCUACACGACAACAGUAACUCACUGCCACUCUCCACAAUGGUGAACAUCAACUCAGAGACUGGAGAUAUAAUCAGUCUCCAGUCUUUUAACUACGAGGAGUUGAAAACGUUUCAGUUCAAAGUUCAGGCCACAGACUCUGGUGUUCCUCCACUCAGCAGCAACGUGACUGUGAACGUGUUCAUCCUGGAUGAGAAUGACAACAGUCCCGCGGUUCUCGCUCCAUAUUCUGAGCACGGCUCCGUUAACAGUGAGAACAUCCCCUAUUCUGCUGAAGCGGGAUACUUUGUGGCAAAGAUCAGGGCUGUGGACGCAGACUCUGGAUACAACGCGCUGCUUUCUUAUCACCUCUCUGAGCCCAAAGGAAACAACCUCUUCCGGAUCGGAACCAGCACCGGGGAGAUCAGGACUAAGAGGAGAAUGAGUGACAAUGACCUGAAAACUCACCCCCUGCUGGUGUUGGUGUCUGACAACGGAGAACCCUCCCUGUCAGCUACUGUGUCUAUAGACGUGGUGGUGGUCGAAAGCACAGCUGACAUCCAGACUCAGUUCAGACAUGUGCCCAUAAAGGAGGAGAGCUUCUCUGAUCUGAACCUGUAUCUGCUGAUCGCCAUCGUGUCGGUGUCAGUCGUCUUCCUGCUGAGCCUCAUCAGUUUAAUAGCUGUCAAAUGCCACAGGACAGACGGCAGUUUCAGCAGGUACAGCGCCCCAAUGAUCACCACCCACCCUGACGGGAGCUGGUCUUACUCUAAAGCUACGCAGCAGUAUGACGUCUGCUUCAGCUCUGACACGCUCAAGAGUGACGUAGUGGUUUUCCCCGGACCGUUUCCGCCGGUAGAUGCGGAGCUGAUCAGUAUUAACGGAGGAGACACUUUUACCAGGACUCAGACUUUACCCAACACAGACAAGGUAGGUCAUAUUUUGCAGUGAAUGCUAUAAUACUUCAUAUGGGAUUAGAUUAACGUUAACUGACAUGUGAUUGCCCUGACUGAGAUUCCUACCGUUUGAAAUAGCAUUUUAUGCAAGAGAGCAUAAAUUAAAUAAACUGCGCUUUUCCGUUGAAGCACCACGCACCUAAAGUGUAUUACUGGCCUCAAAUAUACGUAAAACAUUGAAAGAACCAACUUUGUAGUUUCUAUUAAAUCGAAAAAAGUGGCCCAAUGAAGAAACACAUUAUUUCAAUAUCGAUGGAAACCAACUGAAUACGUUGAAAUAAUGACGCUUUCCAGCGCCAUUCACCUGCAGGUCCUCUCUCCUUUUAAAGACCUCACCAUUUGAACUCGAACAAGCAAUUUGUACCCUACGUAGUGGUUUUCCCCGGACCGUUUCCGCCUGUAGACGCGGAACUGAUCAGUAUUAACGGAGGAGACACUUUUACCAGGACUCAGACUUUACCUAGUUCAGACAAGGUAAGAACAUUGAAUUGCGUAGCCUUUUUCAUCAUUGCUUUCCAAUUGUAUUAACUUAGACAUACUUAGUUUGAGUUAGAUUAAAUCAGACAGGUUGUUGUUGUUUUAAGGGCGUUUGCCUGUUUUAGCUGGGAACUAACGCAUUUACAGUAACGUCGCUGUCUGUGGUGCUGAAUGUGUUCUGCCUCAUCACAUAUGGAAAAUACACUGUACGUGUGUUUUCCCUUCUAAGAGACAAGCUUGAAUUAAACUGUAUAUUGCAAGUGUACCUGUUUAUUUAUGUUUUGCUGUGCUGGAAUAUGAAAAGAAUCAAGUGUGACAUAAUAUUCUUAUUUGUUGUCCUGUUGUUCCAGAGCGUGGUAAAAGUGAUGUCAGCAUACGACUGUUCACUCGAAAUUAUUCAAGACAGUGUUCGUUUGGCUUGUUAAUGUCUGAGAUGUUUGUCAAUGUUCACAAAAGGUUGUGCUUCAUCAGUUCCUUUAAUAGUGUAUUUGUUGAUUAGACAAAUGUAAAUGAGUUUGUAUUAACGAAGAUAAAGACAUAGCAUUCCAUAUCAUCCAACCUCAAAUAUUUUGAUUGCCUGGCAAAUAUUAGGCA